AUGACAGAAGCAUCCACUAUAAACUAUGAGGCAACCAAAAAACCCAGCAAAGUCUGUUUCGUGACCAUUGGAGCUACUGCAUCGUUCGAUAAGUUAUUGAGAGCCGUACUGGACAGUUCUUUUCUGGAAGCACUUUGCAAGGCAGAAUAUACGGAGCUCCUUGUACAAUAUGGCAAGGAGAAGGGCAAAGCUAUAUGUGAGACCUUCAUCUCUAGGGAACAUGAUAACGUCAAGCGGACUUGCGGCAUAAACAUUGCCGGAUUCGAUUUCAACACCAACGGCCUUGGUGAGCAGAUGCGGAAAGCAAAAGGAGGCCCUGAAAACAGCAGCAAAGAAGGCCUCGUCAUUUCGCAUGCAGGCUCUGGAACCAUUCUGGAUGCUCUUCGAAUUGGAGUUCCGCUGGUAGUCGUGCCGAACACCGAGCUGCUGCAUAAUCAUCAAGUAGAGCUUGCCGAGGAGUUGGCUAAGCAGGAGUACGUUGUCCAUGGGAAUCUGAAUGACCUGGCAGUUGCCAUAUCAGAAGCGGAAAAGCUCCGUGAGCGCAAAAGUCAGUGGCCGCCUCCUAACAGUGGAGACGAGUCGUACAAGCGUGGUUUGGCUGGGGUCAUGGAUGAUGAAAUGGGCUGGGUCGACUGA